GGGACGUCCUUGGCUUCAAUGGCUCCAUCUCCCAGGAGAAGCAGCAGGAAAGAUGCUAACGCUCUGCCAAGCGCCUCCUCAACUUUCUGGGCAGUUAUGAUCUUGGUUGGCCUCCUCAUCGCCUACUGCAGUCAAUUGGCUGCAGGUACAUGUGAAAUUGUUACUUUGGACAGAGAUAGCAGUCAGCCUCGAAGGACUAUAGCCCGACAAACAGCUCGGUGUGCAUGUAAAAAGGGACAGAUUGCCGGUACAACAAGAGCGAGGCCAGCCUGUGUCGAUGGAUCUAUAUUUUGUUUCGGGAUCUUUCUUACUGCUUUUUUCAAGCAUCAGGACUUAGCUGUUUGGGUUAUGUUUGCUUAG